AUGAGACGAUUUAUUGGAAAGUGGGUGCUAGAAAAAUGCUCGGGUUUACCAGAACUUUUGAAGCAAUUGGGUUUGGAUAAAAAGCAUUUUGACUCUGUCGAAUCUAUGAAGAACAUCAUCGAAUUUUCAGAAGUAGCGGAGGGCCAAUAUAAAUAUUUCUAUGAGAACAAUAUUCAGGACGGUGAAGUUGUAUUUUAUCUUGGAAAAGACUUCCAGGUGGGCACUCCAGACAACCAUGUCCUUAAAUCGACAAUCACUAUCGAUAAAGGCGUUAUGAAGCUCGAACAAAGCCGGGAUGGAAUAAAGAUCGUAACUUUGAGAACAAUUGAAAAUGGGAAAAUGAAAACGGUUGUGAAAUUCGGUGACCAUGAGUGUGAAUUGUUGUAUAAAAAGGUGUAG